AUACGCCCGCUGCCGGGUUUCCUCUGCAACCAGGUUCUAACGGACACGGAGGUCCCUCCGUAUGGCCUGAGUCCAGUCAGCAUACCGGGGGAAGACUCCCCACUUGACGAUGAGCUUGUUGCGACAUUCGAUAGGCUGAGGUUUAUGGCAAUUGGAAUAUCAGAGACGUCGGGGCUACACGUGCGGCUUCAUUAUGGCGAUCGAAAGCUGGUGAAUGCAAACGCCGAAAAAUAUCAACCGCAAGUUGAAGAGUUGAGGCAGCGUUGGGUGGCAGAGAAGUGCCCACCGCGUCGUAGUAGAGGUAGAAGACGCCAUGCUCGUAGCACUACCUUUGAUGGGCUCGGGUCCGCAGUAGUGACGAGUAUGGGCGGCGCUCCUCACUGGCCUGCAAGCACCAGAUUUGACAACACUAGCCAAAGGUGCAGUGGAGUCACUACGGGCAAGAGAGCUACUCUUGGACGGAGAGGAAGUCCUAAUAGAGAAGUUCGACAGAGGUCAACGGCGACUAUGGGGAUGAUUAGUUAUAAUCGUCGAUUUCGGAAGCAGCAAGUGAGGUCACUAAUGCAAGGAGGAGGAGUAGCAGGUGGUCGGUCACGGAGGGCUUCAUCACUAGGACUGGCUUAUAAUGGGGCGAUUCCACCAGGAGUUGGUGGUGGUCCUGAGGAAACUGCCACCAGGGAUCGAUAUUCAACGAAGCUGUCAAGCUGCAGGUUAUUCUGAAGUCGGUCAGGAAAGAUUACGAUUUGCUAAGUUUUGGCACGUGAAAGGAAUCACGAUCGAUUUUGACUUCAGCUGUUCUCUUUUUCAAUUUUUGAAAUUUGGGCUUCAACAACAAUGCCGUACCCCCUGCUCCCAGCGUUGACCCUUUGAACAAUCAGGACUUCCUCCUAAUCCCUCCUCCCCUAUCUAUAUCCGUCCUAGAUAGACUAAACUACAUAUGUCUCUUGAUAUACCACACUUUCUACCAAUACAGUUUAUUACUAGUCAUUGCAUCGAGUCUCAUCACGAGUCGUCAGUAUAAUGCCGGUCGUCGAAGUUCAUUCUGAUAUUAGUAGUGUGUUCCAAGUUUCUCCCUCUCUCACAUUGUAUCUUUACCCUUCUAUUUUACUAGACUUGACCGCCGGCUCUGUCGAACCAAUCAGAAACCGCACCUCUGGUGGUCUCUAUGCACAUCAAAGUGAUGCCCAAGUACGUCCACGUGACUUGCAGUAUCCCGUCGGGGUCCACCAGGUGUUUUUCGAAACCACUAUUUCUGUACACGCGCUGGAUUGUUGAUGUUGCAUCGCCUGUUAAGGCGAAGCCAACA